AUUAAAAUAUGAAUGGAUGUUAGUAAACUUUGUAAUUUUGUAUGUUAGAGAGGUGUUAAAAAUUAUGAGAUGAUAAUAAUAAUAACGAUAAUAAUAAUAAUAAUAAUAAACACAGCAAGAAAAUAACAAAAGAAAACUAAAAUCAGAAAAAUUAUUUGCCUAAAUAAUAGAGAAAAAAAAAAGAUUUAAAAUAAGAUUUGUCAAGAUGUAAUAUAAUUCUAGUUUUAUUUAAUAUAACAUUAUCGAAUAAGAUUUUAAUUAUAGAAUUAUUAUUAUUAUUAUUAUUAUUUUUUUUUUUGAAGGUGUUUCUAUAUUAAAUUAAUAAUAGAAAAUGAACAUUGAAUUUUCAAGAGGCAACCAAACAUGCCCUUAAGACCGUUUGGACGUUGACGAUGUUAAAAGGCGCGAAUACGAGAAAGGAGCAACUAAGUGUGUUUUUGUCAUACUAUGUUUCGGUUGUUGCUGACACCAACUCAUAGGCGAGUACCAAGCAAACGAAACCCUGCUGCUUUCAGUACUUCAAGUGCUUCACAACCUUUUCUUCCACCAAAACACACUCUCGUCGUCAAACAACCUCAAAACCCGCCUGACCCAACUCCACAAUCUCCUUCUCUACUCUACUUUCCCAACUUAGCUGAUAUCUACAACUCAUCUCAACUUCCUUGCCUCAGUUCCUCACCUUCCUCUCCGCUUUUUAAGCGUUUCGACUCUGAAACCUAUGAAUUUCUUGCUACUCGAUUCCGGGAUUCUCGUAUCUUGAAUGAGGCUCAGGAACUUCAUUUGCGAAUCCUUAAAAAUGGGUUUGGUGGUGAUAUGUUUUUGUGCAAUACCCUUAUCAAUGUUUAUGUUAGAAUUGGAGAUUUGGUUUCAGCGGGUAAGUUGUUCGAUGAAAUGCCUGACAGGAACUCGGUUACGUGGGCUUGUUUGAUUUCGGGGUAUGCCCAGAAUGGUAUGCCAAACAAGGCGUUUUUGCAUUUCAAACAGAUGGUUUGUGCCGGUUUUUUGCCAAAUCAUUACGCUUUUGGUAGUGCUCUUCGAUCUUGCCAGGAUUCUGGGCAAUUUGGACUUAAGCUGGGUUUGCAGAUUCAUGGGUUAAUCUCCAAAUCACAGUAUGCUUCUGACGUUGUAGUUAGUAAUGUGCUGAUAUCAAUGUAUGGGAGUUGUUUGGGCUCUAUUGAUGAUGCACGAAGGGUUUUUGAUGAGAUAAAAAUCAGAAAUUCAGUUUCAUGGAAUUCUAUAAUUUCAGUUUACUCCCAAAGAGGAGAUGCAGUUUCUGCCUUUGAGCUCUUCUCAGACAUGCAAAAGGAGGGUGUUGAGUUCACUUUGAAACCCACUGAAUUCACCUAUGGUAGCUUAAUUACUGCUGCAUGUUGUUUGUCAAAUUCUAGUUUCAGUUUGCUUGAGCAGAUGCUGUCCAGAGUCGAGAGAUCUGGAUUCCUACAGGACCUGUACGUUGGUAGUGCUUUGGUAAGUGGCUUUGCAAGGUCUGGUUCAAUUGACAAUGCUAAGAAGAUUUUUGAACAGAUGAGUGAGAGGAACUCAGUAUCCAUGAACGGAUUGAUGGUUGGAUUGGUGAGACAGAAGCAGGGAGAAGAAGCAGCUGAAGUUUUCACCAAGAUGAAGGACUUGGUUGGAAAAAAUAUUGAUUCUUAUGUGAUUCUCUUGAGUUCUUUUGCUGAAUUUUCUGUUUUAGAGGAAGGAAAAAGAAAGGGUCAAGAGGUACAUGCAUAUGUAACCCGGACUUGCUUAGUAGAUAUGAAGGUUGCAAUUGGAAAUGGGCUUGUUAAUAUGUAUGCUAAAUGCGGUGCUAUUGGUGAUUCUUGCUCAGUUUUCAGGACAAUGAUAGAUAAAGAUUUGGUCACUUGGAACUCCAUGAUUGCUGGUCUUGACCAGAAUGGGUAUUUUGAAGAUGCAGUCAUGCGUUUCUGUGAAAUGAAGAGAUCUGGAAUGGUGCCUUCAAAUUUCACAUUGAUUAGUGCUUUGAGUUCGUGCUCAAGUUUGGGGUGGAUCUUGCUGGGGCAGCAGGUACAUUGUGAAGCACUUAAAUCAGGACUUGAUUUGGAUGUUUCAGUUUCAAAUUCUCUUCUAGCAUUGUAUGCUGAGACAGGAUAUCUCAAUGAAUGCCAGAAAGUUUUCUUUUUAAUGCCAGAAUACGAUCAAGUUUCAUGGAAUUCUAUAAUUGGGGCUUUAGCUGGUGCUGAUGCCUUUGUUUUAGAAGCUGUAAAGUAUUUCAUGGGCAUGAUGCAGUCUGGAUUGACUCUUAAUAAGGUGACAUUUAUAAACAUUCUUGCAGCAGUAUCAUCUCUUUCAAACUGGAAGCUUGGCCAGCAAAUUCAUACUCUGGUCUUAAAACAUCAUGUUGUGGAUGACUGUACUAUUGAAAAUGCACUUAUUGCUUUCUAUGGGAAGUGUGGGGAGAUGAAUAACUGUGAGAAGAUCUUCUCUAGAAUGUCUGAGAGAAGGGAUGAAGUUAGUUGGAAUUCCAUGAUUUCUGGUUACAUACACAAUGAGCUCUUGCCCAAGGCCAUGGAUAUGGUCUGGUAUAUGAUGCAGAGGGGUCAGCGGUUGGACUGUUUUACCUUUGCUACUGUACUAAGUGCCUGUGCCUCAGUUGCAACAUUAGAGCGUGGUAUGGAAGUUCAUGCCUGCAGUGUAAGAGCUUGUUUGGAAUCUGAUGUAGUAGUUGGGAGUGCACUUGUAGACAUGUACUCAAAAUGUGGAAGAGUUGAUUAUGCUUCAAGAUUUUUUGAGUUGAUGCCUCUGAGGAAUUUUUAUUCUUGGAAUUCCAUGAUAUCUGGCUAUGCUCGCCAUGGACAAGGAGGUGAAGCUUUGAAGCUUUUCGAACAAAUGAAGCUACAUGGUCAGCCACCAGACCAUGUCACUUUUGUGGGGGUAUUAUCAGCUUGUAGCCAUGUGGGUUUGGUCCAUAGAGGAUUUGAGCAUUUUAAAUCCAUGAUCGAUGUAUAUGGAUUAGGCCCCCGGAUGGAGCACUAUUCAUGUAUGGUUGAUCUUCUUGGGAGGGCAGGUGAACUUAGUAAGAUAGAGGACUUUAUCAAUAAGAUGCCAAUGGAGCCUAAUGUUCUCAUAUGGAGAACAGUUUUAGGAGCUUGCUGCCGAGCUAAUGGUUGUAAUACAGACCUAGGUCGGAGGGCUGCUGAAAUGCUUUUGGAGUUGGAACCCCAAAAUGCAGUGAACUAUGUUCUUCUCUCAAACAUGUAUGCUUCCGGGGGAAAGUGGGAAGAUGUGGCAAAAGCUAGGACAGCAAUGAGGAAGGCAGCGGUGAAGAAGGAAGCUGGGUGUAGUUGGGUUACCAUGAAAGAUGGUGUUCAUGUAUUUGUGGCUGGAGACAAAUCACACCCAGAGAAUGAACUAAUAUACAAUAAACUGAAAGAACUUAACAGGAAAAUGAAGGAUGCUGGUUAUGUACCGGAAACCAAAUUUGCACUGUAUGAUCUUGACGUGGAGAACAAGGAAGAACUGUUGAGCUAUCACAGUGAGAAACUUGCGGUUGCUUUUGUGCUUACUCGAAGAUCAGAGUUGCCUAUCAGGAUUAUGAAAAAUCUCCGUAUUUGUGGUGAUUGCCACUCUGCCUUUAAAUACAUAUCAAAGAUUGUUGGGAGGCAAAUAGUACUGAGAGAUUCAAACAGAUUUCAUCAUUUUGAGGAUGGCAAAUGCUCAUGUGGGGAUUACUGGUAAUUCCACAACUCACUCCCUAUGAAUGGAGGGCUUUGGUUUUGUUUGACACUUGGCAGAUUGAGAUUAGUCGUUUGGGUGUUAACUGAUUUUUCUCCCACAUAUUGAACUAGAUGAUAGUGACUGGUAUUCAUGGUUAACUGAGGAUAUGCAGCAAACUGAAAUACA